GAUCCAGAGUUGUCACUUCUACUGUAUUGGAUGCGACAACGAGGUGCUGCGGACCGGCGAUCAAGACGUUCUAUUUCGACUCUGCUCCUAUGUGGUGUAUGUCUAGCCACUGCUUAUGUGUGCGGUUCGACCUUAUUUAUCACACCAGCACUACGACAAGGGGCCAGGCCGGCUAGUCUCCGGGGCGGUUCGGUUGUGGGUAACUUAGCUGUGGGGUCCCUGUCUGGUGGGAGUCGGCCGAGGGCAUGGGAGAGGUCAACACUGCCAUAUGUAUUCGGUGCUGCUGCUGCUGUCGCUGUAACACUGCUUUCCCUGGCUCUGAGCAUGUCCCGUCAUAGGCCCAAGAGCGCCUCCACUGAAGGUGGCCGGUCAGUGGCUCGAGGAUCCUUAGCAAGUUGGUGGAACAACAUGAUGUUCGAUCCCAACAGAGUAGGUGAUGCGGCUCGACGUCAAGUGGGAAGGACCGCAUUCGACGCCUUGUCCGAUUCCUCUGCCCGAGCCAUCCAUCGGGCUCAGGAGGAGUCCAUGAACCUAGCCACAGUGCCCCUCGAGGGCCUCCUUAUUGGUCUGGCAUCAGAGCGGAGCGGUGGCGCUAGCAAACUGCUGCGGGAAGCGGGAGUUCAGGUCGCUGAGUUGAAGCAUUUGGCCCCAUUGCAAGCGGCACCCGACCUUGUCAGUUGGGGAGCGGUUGAAAGGGUUCCACUAGACGACGAGGUCGUCGAGGUGAUUCGAGGAUGCGUUGAUAAGGCCCAGGGGCCGAUCACAACGGAGGCCCUUCUCGAGGGGGUGAUAGGCAAGAUGCUGGCCAGGCCGGCUGGUAUGGAGCCAGAGCUGAUGGGAAGACUACAGAGUGUUCUUCAACGUCUGCAGGAGUGGGGAGAAGAGGACGCUGAAAAAAUACCGGUGGGGGGAUUCGUACCGGGGACCUCUGGCGGCAGUGUUUUGGAAUCGUGUGGACGGAACUUGACGGCGCUGGCGAGAGAAGGGAAACUCUUGAAGUGUGUUGGACGCGACGCUGAGAUCGGGCGCAUGAUACAAGUACUGAGUCGAAUGACCAAGAACAACCCGGUCCUGCUGGGCGAACCGGGCGUGGGCAAAACGGCCGUAGCAGAGGGCAUGGCUGAACUCAUCGCGAGGGGAGAAGUCCCGACCCAUCUGGCUGGUGUAGCUAUCUGGGACGUGUCCAUCGGCAGUCUGCUGGCCGGCACCAAAUACCGAGGGGAGUUCGAAGAGCGGCUCAAGAGGCUUGUUAAGGAGGCCACUGAUGCUGAUGGGAAGAUUAUUCUGCUUAUCGAUGAGCUGCAUACGAUAGUCGGCGCGGGGGCGACAGGAGAUGGUGCGAUCGAUGCGGCUAAUAUCCUCAAGCCUGCACUCAGCCGGGGGGAGCUCCGAGUCAUUGGGGCUACUACACAGUCGGAGUAUGAUAAGUACAUUGCGAAGGACCCAGCACUAGAACGACGGUUCCAACCAGUAGUGGUGCCCGAGCCUACACAAGCUCAGGCAGUGGACAUGCUCAUGGGAGUAGCUAGUCUUUAUGAAGAGCAUCACUUCGUCAGGUUCACUGAUGAUGCUAUAGAGGCAUGCGUGAAACUAUCGUCUCGUUACAUUCCCAGUCGGCGACUACCAGACUCGGCGUUUGACGCUAUGGAUGAGGCAGCAGCUCGGAAGAGAAUUCAGCAAGGAGCGCGGCCAAGCAGUCGUAUUGAAGUGAACGCAAACGAUGUCGCCCAGACUGUAGCUCAGUGGACCGGGAUUCCCCUCGAGGAGCUGACCAAGGAUGAGUCUGCUAGACUGCUCCAUAUGGAGGAGCGGCUCGACAGUCGAGUGAUAGGACAGAAGAGGGCCACCAGUGCGGUGGCCAGGGCGAUUCGACGAGCCCGGGUUGGCGUUAGAGGUAUUGGGAACAAGCGGCCAACAGCAUGCUUCCUGUUCUGUGGACCUACGGGGGUUGGCAAGACUGAGCUCAGCAAAGCCUUGUCCGAUGAAUACUUCGGCGAGGAGGGCCGGAACAUGAUACGCCUGGACAUGUCCGAGUUUAUGGAGCGUCACAGCGUGUCCAAGCUGAUAGGCUCGCCUCCGGGGUAUGUCGGCUAUGACUCCAACUCUGGAGGAGUACUCACGGACCGAGUCCGUAGACAGCCACAUAGUCUAGUGUUGAUUGACGAAGUGGAGAAGGCCCAUCCUGACGUUCUCAAUAUCCUAUUACAAGUGAUGGACGAUGGUCGCCUUACUGAUAGCCAUGGUCGACUCGCCGACUUCUCGAAUGUUAUCUUGGUCAUGACCUCCAACGUUGGUAGCAGCAUGGAGGAUCUCAAACGUCAUUUCCGCCCAGAGUUCAUCAACAGAAUAGACGAGGUCAUUGCAUUUGACAGUUUGACCGAGGAGGACAUCGUCAGGAUUGUAGGGUUGUAUGUCAGCCGUCUACAAGCUGCCCUCAAGGAGCAGCAUAGCAUCGACCUCAAGGUUACAGACGGGUUGACAGCAGCACUUGGUAAAGAGGGCUACAGUGCCGAGUUUGGUGCUAGGCAUCUGAACCGUGUUAUGCAAGCUAGAAUUGAGGACCCCAUCGCUGAGUUGAUAUUACGAGAAGAGAUACACCGAGGAGAGGAGCUAAUUGCCGAUUAUGACAGCGAGAGGGAUAUGAUUGUGUUCAGGGAUGCUAACGGUCGAGUUUUGACAGAGACGAAAUGCUCUGAUAAAACAGCUACUGAUGACUGAUACGUUUCUAA